AUGCCAUCCUCAACAAGUGAAAACGAAGUCCCCAAGAUCCCUGAUGUCUCCCUUGCUCAUCACCGAUUUAUCGCUCAAUACGGCCCUGAAGACCAAAGGGAUGACGCAAAGCAACAACUGUUACGAGAAAUCGAAGCCAAAAAUAUGGCACCUUUCUACAAAUAUCUAACGGAGGCACUCAAACUCCCAUUCGACUCAACGCUUUAUGCACGUAUGGAGGCCGCCAACAAAGAAGAGCUUCAACGAUUCGAUGAUAAGGCUCAAGAUGCUGAACAAAAUAUGGGUGAAACUGAGGUCAAUGAAGCAUUGCUCGGUAAAGCUGACUAUUAUGCAAUGAUUGGUGACAAGGAGAACGCAUUGGAAAAGUACAAUGAUCUUUUGACCAAAUCAAUAACACCCGGCACACGUAUCGACAUUGUGUUUGCGCUUGUUCGUAUUGGAUUCUUUUACGACGACAAUGUUAUGGUGCGAUCGAAUAUUGACAAACUCAAGGAACUUGUGGAACAAGGUGGUGAUUGGGAUCGUCGCAAUCGUUUGAAGGCAUAUGAAGGUGUCUAUUUGAUGUCCAUUCGUGAUUUCAAGGGUGCAGCUCGCCAAUUCAUUGAUACUUUGAGCACAUUCACCAGCACUGAAAUGAUGUCGUACCAAGAUUUCGUAAAGUACGCUGUGCUCACCAGUGUGAUCAGCAUGCAACGUGUCGAUAUCAAAAAGAAGGUGCUUGAUUCUCCAGAGAUUCUUGAAGUGAUUUCAGAUAUCCCAUACCUUGAAGAUUACAUGACGAGCUUGUACAACUGCAAUUACGCCCAAUUCUUCCGUGCUCUUGCAAACAUUGAGCAAACACAUUUGCGCACAUCACGAUACUUGUACCCUCACGUCCGUUACUAUGUGCGUGAGAUGCGCAUUGUCGCCUAUGCUCAACUCUUAGAGAGCUACCGAUCCUUAACGAUGGCAAGCAUGGCACAGGCAUUUGGUGUCACUGAAGAAUACAUUGACCGUGAUCUUUACAAGUUCAUCGCCGCCGGACGACUGAAUUGCGUUAUCGACCGAGUGAACGGUGUCAUUGAGACCAAUCGACCAGAUGCAAAGAACGCACAAUAUCAAACCGUCAUCAAGCAAGGCGAUCUUUUGUUGAAUAGAAUUCAAAAGCUUAGCAGAGUCAUCGAUGUUUAA